UUGUUGAAGGAACAUAAUCAUUCCUUGUUGAAGGAAUGCCGGACCACCUAACAGUACCUGUAUCGACUGUACAUCAAAACAAUGGAGCUGUUUCAAGGUUUAAGGUGAACUUUGUGGAUCAAGGAGACCAGGGGAGGAAGGGGAGUGAAGGAGACACUCACGAAAGGUCUGACACAGUCAACUCUCACAGUCAUACCCACGACUCAGCAACUCACAGGUCGACAUUUCAGUACAAGAAUUUUGACACUCUAGACUUCGUUCCCAAGACAGCUUUCUACCGCAAUACUCAACAGGAUGGAACCCACCGGCCCACAAUGGCGGAGAUGCGAGCCGGUAAAAGAAUGCCAGCAGCUGAGACCCCCAAGAUUAAGACAGAGUUGGGAGAUGGCCCUUCAGCCCUCAAGCUGGGUUGGAUACAAGGUGUCCUGGUGAGAUGUCUGCUGAAUAUUUGGGGUGUUAUGCUGUUUAUUAGGAUCUCCUGGGUGGUCGGGAACGCGGGCGUUGCGUGUGGGCUGGGUGUGGUUCUGCUCUCAGCGGUGGUUACAAGUGUUACCAGCAUCAGUCUAGCUGCUAUCUGUACUAACGGAGAGGUUAAGGGAGGUGGGGCUUAUUAUCUCAUAUCAAGAUCACUUGGUCCAGAGUUUGGCGGUGCAAUAGGGAUCGUAUUCUCGAUAGCCAACGCGAUAGCAGUGGCUAUGUAUAUAGUGGGCUUUGCAGAGACUCUUUGCGAAGUGCUGAGGGUUGAGGCAGGUUUCACGAUAUUUGGUGACGACCCCUCCUUAUACCAACAUGACAUGCGUAUCUGGGGUUUGGUUACACUCGUACUUCUGUUCGGUAUUUCCAUGGCUGGUAUGGCGUGGGAAUCCAAAGCUCAGAUUGUACUUCUCUUCCUUCUCAUGGCUGCUAUGAUCAACUUUAUUGUGGGAACAUUUAUAAGAAGUGAUGCUAAAACUGCUGAGGGAUUCUAUGGAUACAAUGUUGAGAUCCUGAAGUUUAAUAUGAUGCCACAUUACCAAGAAGGUGAAAACUUUUUCACUGUGUUUUCUGUGUUCUUCCCUGCAGCUACCGGUAUUAUGGCUGGUGCUAACAUAUCAGGAGAUUUGAAGAAUCCAAGUGAAGCUAUACCUAAGGGAACACUUAUUGCAGUUAUUCUAUCCACUAUUACAUACUGUAUCUUUGCUCUCCAAGCUGGUGCUACUACUAUUCUGGGAGCUACCGGUAACAUAUCGCAAAUGGCGGAGUUUCCUUCGAACCUAACUGCCGCAUCUCAGUGUAUAUUCGACGGAGAACUGAUGUUGGAGGGGGAUUGUCCUUAUGGUCUCCUAAACAGCUUCUCGGCAAUGUCGAUGAUGUCUGGAUAUAAACAUAUCAUUACAAUCGGUAUAUUUGCUGCUACUCUCUCUUCGGCCCUUGCAUCACUUGUCAGCGCGCCUAAAGUCUUCCAGGCGGUUUGCAAAGAUAAGCUGUUCCCCUACAUCGGUUGGUUUGCAAAAGGUUACGGCUCGAACAACGAGCCGUGGAGAGCGUAUGCACUGGCACUGUUAAUUGCCGCUGCCUUCGUCUGUAUCGCGGAGCUGAAUGCCAUUGCUCCUAUCAUUACCAACUUCUUCCUUAUCUCUUAUACCCUGAUUAACUACUCUUGCUUCGAGGCGAGCUUCUCAAACUCACCAGGUUGGAGACCAUCCUACAAAUACUACAACACGUGGGUGUCAUUGUUCGGGUCCCUGCUUUGUGCCGCCGUCAUGUUCAUCACUAGUUGGUGGACUGCUCUUAUCACGGUCGUUAUUAUCUACGCUCUCUACAGAUACAUACAGUACCGGAAACCGGCUGUGAACUGGGGAAGUAGUAAACAGGCCCUGAAAUACAACUACGCUCUGGAUCUGAUACACGAGGUAUCGGGGCUGAGUUACCACGUCAAGAACUUCAGACCUCAGUUCCUGGUCCUGACCGGUGCUCCUUCCUCCAGACCUAGACUCGUUAACCUCAUGUCAGAUAUAAGUAAAGGUUACGGUGUGAUGAUUUGUGGACACAUAAUCCGCAACAAGUACAAAGUAGAUCAGUACAUGUCUGAGAAUCACCUGCUCAUCGCCAACAAGAUCAAAGCUUUCCACGUGCCAGUUGCUGCUCCAUCCUUCAGAAUUGGAGUCAAGAAUCUUCUUCAGACAAACGGAUUGGGUGUGAUUAAAGCGAAUACUCUUAUUCUCGGGUACAAACAUUCCUGGAAUGAGCAGACAGCUGAACAAGUAGAGGAGUAUGUUGGAAUUAUUAAGGAUGCUUUCGAUCAUCACUUUGCUGUCGGAGUAUUGAGAAACUCCAGUAAACUGGACGUGAAGAACCUGCCCGAGGACGACACGACGCUGUUUGACGAGACUGGAGAUGGGCUUGUCAGCACUGCACAGAGCAAGGAUAAUUUAGAGCCAGAGGAAGGUGCUGCCACAAAAGACAGCAAGCCAUCUUCUGUAAACGAGAGUCUAGAUAAGAAGUCUCAAAAAUCAGGAAAUGAGGACUUGGAGAUGGCUGUGGUCGACCCUGAAAGUCCUUCCUCUGACACUUCCUUCGACAAUCACCGCUUUACUGAUCUCAAGCCAAAAGGUACGAUUGAUGUGUACUGGUUGUCAGAUGACGGUGGACUCAGUAUUCUCAUACCUUAUCUCUUAUCUCAGAGCAAAUACUGGUCCCAAACUUCUCUUCGAGUCUUCGCUUACGGAAAAGCUGGGGAAAUGGGACACGAAAAAGUAAGAAUGGCGACUCUUCUUCACAAGUUCAGAAUUGAGUUUGCCAGUGUGGAAAUAGUUGUUGGUCUUGAUGAUGAACCGUCUCAAGAAAGUAUUGACGACUACAUGAAGUACAAGCCUGCAGAAGAAGCAGAACAAAUUGAUGCUAAGACGAAACAGUAUAUUAGGAUGGGAGAGUUGCUGAGGGACAAAACCACCGAAGACACUCAGCUUAUAGUGCUAACGUUGCCGGUACCACGUGACAGUACACCUCCACAAAAAUACAUGUCUUGGUUGGAAGUGAUGUCUAACAACUUACCACCCAUCCUCAUGUUGCGUGGCAACCAACAAGAUGCCCUGACUUUCUACUGCUAGCAUAAUUAGCAAUAAUUAGCAAUAAUUAGCAAUAAUUGUUAACAUCCAUUAUUAUUAGUUGAUAGAUUAUAAAUUAUAAUUGAGUUGAUGAGACAUUAUGAGUUUUAUAAUUAUCCUAAGAUUGGCCGAGCUGGAUUCUUUUUAUGGCUUUAUUUUAUAUUUGUCAUUUUUUAACGAAGCAUGUUUUGAAUAGUCAUUACUUAUGCGUAUCAUGUUUAACUGUAAUAGUUACUGUAAGAUUAAAAGGAUGUCAAUAGCCUUUUGGAGAAGGACCUGUUCUAACACACCGUUUAAAAAUGACGAAUCGUGACAUAUCGUAAAUGAUGUGUCAAUGUGAACAGUCACUUAUUGAGCAACAAGUUAUAUUUAAAUAGUCAUUAACUUAUGAUGCUUGCUUGAUCCGUCUGUUAUAUAAUACGAAUUAUUUUGAGAUAGCUUAGUAUAUAGAUAUUAUGUAGUUGGUUUCAAUAUAGGUUGGGUUGCGUUUGAUUUUAAUCUUUUUUACAAUUUGUUGUUCCCAGGAAUAAUUCAUGUCGGAGAUAUUUAGUUAUUAUUUAGUUAUUAUUAUUAUAUGUACUGAUCGAUGGAAAGAGCUUAGAGUUUGUUUACGUGUUAGGUUUCUAGCUAUCAAGUUUUCGUCAAGAAAAUCUUAUAAAUAAUGUAAUUAUUACCUGUUAUAGUCAUGUUAAAUAUUAGAAACCCAAGAAUCGAAAUAUUGCAUUGAUGAAUACAAAACGAUGUUAUUCAAAGCAAUAAAUAUAAUGAUUAGUUAAAUCAGAAAUAAGUUUCCAGUCGAAAUAUCUUAAUGGGUUAGAUUGUGAUAUUAUUAAAUUUAAAAUAUUAGCUAUAUUAGGCGCUAAAAUCAUAUCGAAAAAUAGAUGACGGAAAUUAAAACCAUGAGAAAAUGACGAUAAUAUUCGCUUCACAACUGCAGUCUAAAAUAAUCAUUUAAGAACAUAAUAUUUAAUUUCAUAACAUCAUAUUAUGUAACGUUAUGGUUAUGGUUAGUAUGGUUAUGGAAACUAUGGUAACUAACGUUAUUGCAAACAUCUGAGCUGAGUUCUCAACGUUAUAUUUCUCAUUUUCUCAUUGGUACCGUCAUCCAUUAAACCAAUUAGUCUGAAGCGGUUUAUUCAAUUUAGGGAAUUUCCUUAGGCAUUAUUAUCGAAUUCUAAUACUAUUCAUUUUAUGAUAUUAUUUCCUUACCAGAGUUCAUAUGGAGUUUGGUAAAGUCAUUUACAGUGAUUGUGUUCAUUAGGGAUGAAGGAUUUAUUUUCAUUGUAAAUAUCGUUACGUUCAUAGCCAAAAGUAUACAGGACAUUUUGUCACAAUUAUCAUCAAUAUAAUAAUGUUAAAACUAUUUAUGAAAAUUUGA